AUGGAUCGCUUCAUCAGCAUCUUCCGCCACUUCCAAUCCAACUCGGAGUCAGUGAUGAAUGGGAUUUGUGGAAUCUUGGCCUUGGCAAGUGUGCGGAUCUACAGCUCUUUUCAAUUCAUCUGCCCAUGUUUGCCCAUUUACAAUACGGUCUAUGGGAUUGGGGUCAUGCUUAUCCCACCCAUUAUCCUCUUCUUCUGUGGCAUUAUUGUCAACAAACACUCGCUGUUGAUGCUGGAGGAAUGGUUGCGGCCAGAGAGUCAGAGGACCAAGGACCCAUCUUUACUCCAUUACAUGUUCCUUGCUGUAGUCCAGAGAGCAGCCAUCGCUCCUGUCAUCUGGCUCGUUGUUGCCCUGCUGGAUGGCAAAUGUGUUCUUUGUGCUUUCAGCACCUCAGUGGAUCCCAGUCGAUUCGUCAACGUGAGCAGUUGGUCUAGAGGAGAUCUGCUGAUCCUUCUGUCCAAGGUGCCCUGCAAAGACCUCACAGCUGACCAGCUUCAGCACAACCUCAGCUUCCCGAGGAAAGCGGUGUACAGGUACCUGCGCUCAGUAUCUCAGGCUCUAGGGUGGACCAUCCUCCUGGUUCUGAUUUUGACUGCAUUCCUCUCUCGCUGCCUCAAGCCAUGUUCGAAACAUGUCACCUACCUCCAGAGCCGGUACUGGAGCAACUACAUUGACAUCGAGCAGAAGGUGUUUGAAGAGACCUGUUGUGAGCACGCUCGAGGAUUUGCCCAUCACUAUGUCAUCCAGUUUUUUGACAGCAUGCAGGAUGGGUUCCAGACAUAUUGUCAUGAUAACCAUGUAACGGGGGCUGAGGGAGACCCGCUUCAUGGCAUCACAAACAAGGAGCAACUUGAUGCUCUCCUGGCAAAGUGGUUCAACACUAAACCUCCACUGAAUAUCAUGCCUGUCAAUCAGUACCGAGUGAAUGCUGACCCUGUGGAGAAAGAAAAUGUCUUCACAAAUGGAGAACUUCAAAAGCAAAUGGCUCCAAAAUUCCCUGAGAUACAGCCCAGCUUCCGGAAGGUUUGUGUCCAUCUGAGAUCUUUCUUGGUCUGCAAUCCCUCAGAUAUCCAGAUUCAGUCAACAAAUGAAAUCACAUCACAUUCCUCAUCCAGCUCUCCAAUGUCUCAACUCGAAGUCCGCUUCGGAAGCUUUCUUCAGGGAAUAGGGAUGGAGUUUGCCCUGAUCGGUUAUGCAGAUCAGAAUUAG